UUGGCCACGGUGCCGCUGGUGGUGGACGCCGAGAAGUUGCCCAUCAACCGUCUGGCGCCCAGCGGGAAACCGGCGCUGGUGCAGAGCCGGGGCGAGAAGCGCACGGCCCACAACGCCAUCGAGAAGCGCUACCGCUCCUCCAUCAACGACAAGAUCGUGGAGCUCAAGGACCUGGUGGUGGGCACCGAGGCCAAGCUCAACAAGUCAGCCAUCCUGAGGAAGGCCAUCGAGUACAUCCGCUUCCUGCAGCAGAGCAACCAGAAGCUGAAGCAGGAGAACCUCACCCUGAAGAUGGCCAUGCAGAAGAACCAGUCCCUGAAGGACCUGGUCAGCUCCUGCAGCAAGGGGGACAAGGCAGAGGCCUCUGCCGAGGUGGUGAAAGCAGAGGUGAUGGAGAUGCUGACACCGCCACCCUCAGACGUGGGGUCCCCGACCCACAGCAGCCCCCUCUCGCUCAGCGGGGGCAGCGGCAACAGCAGCAGCGACUCGGAGCCUGACAGUCCCCUCUGUGACCACGGCAAGGUGAAGCAGGAGCGCCCACCUCCCUCACCCAGCAGCCAGGGCAUGCUGGACCGCUCCCGCAUGGCCCUCUGCACCUUUGUCUUCCUCUGCCUCUCCUUCAACCCCCUGGCCUCCCUUCUCUGGGUGAAGCAGCAGCUCCCACCUCCCUCACCCAGCAGCCAGGGCAUGCUGGACCGCUCCCGCAUGGCCCUCUGCACCUUUGUCUUCCUCUGCCUCUCCUUCAACCCCCUGGCCUCCCUUCUCUGGGCAUCCAGUGCCUCGGCCCCCAUGGGGAGUCCAGGCACUGCCGGCCCUGGCAGGAGCAUCAUGGCUGAGUCUGGCACCGUGGAAUUUUGGGGUGGAGGUGUGAUAGGGGCUACCUGGGUCAAGGCUGUCGGGGUGGUGCUCAUCAGGGUGGAGACUGUUGGGAUGGAGGCUGUUCGAUGGGAGACCAUCAAGGUGGAGCGCCCUUUCCUCUGCAGCGCCCGGCGCGUGGCCCUGUCCCAUGGUGGGGCCGUGCCCCCCGCCAUGCAGUGGCUCUGUCACCCCUUGGGUCACCGAUUCUUCGUGGAUGGGGACUGGGCUGUCAAGGGGGUCCCGAGGGAGACCAUCUACAGCUCUGCUGGCAACCCAGUGGACCCCUUGGCACAGGUGACCCAGCUCUUCCGUGAGCACCUCCUGGAGAAGGCUCUGUGCUGUGUUGCCAUGUCUGAGCCUGGCCGCUCAGCUGCCCAGGGAGAGGGGCAUUUCUCUGACGCUCUGGAAUACCUGCAGCUGCUCAAUGGCUGCUCUGACUCCAGCAGUGAGCCCAGCCCCACCACCUCCAUCAGCUCUGGCUUGGCGGCCGUCACAGGCACCGACCCUGUGUCCAAGUGGUGGGCAUCCAUCAUUGGCACCGUCAUUCACUGGCUGCAGGGAGAUGAGGAGGGGGCUGAGCGCCUCUACCCGCUGGUGGAGACCAUGCCCCGGGUGCUGCAGAGCUCUGAGGCCCAGACCCUCCGCCCCGCCAUGCGCCGGGUGUUCCUGCACGAAGCCACUGCCAGGCUGAUGGCUCGGGCCAGCCCCACGAGGCCCCACCAGCUGCUGGAUCGCAGCCUGCGGAGGAGAGGGGUGCAGGGCAGCAAAACAGGUGGGAUAUAG